AUGGUAGAAAUUAAAACCACUUCCUCUGGUAUCAGUGCCACAACCAUCUCAGGCACUCCCUCUGACAAAGAUGUCACCAAUGUAACCGUUGAGAAUAAGGUCAUUGAUCAAACCGUUGAACAAAUACAAAAUAUUGUCAAUCAAGGUGAAAUUCCAUCCAAUGCUCAACUCUUACAAGGUGUCGAACAAGUACAACAAGUAUUAGAAAAGACUUCCAAUUACAUUUCUACUGCUCCACAUGCUCAGAUUAUUCAAAAACGUACUCUUCACUUGUUGGAUAUUGUUAAAGAGUUGAUUCAAGAAAAGAAUCCCAAUGAUACCUUACAACGAUUUGUUCAACUCACAAAUAAGAUUAUUCGUAAAUAUGCCGAUCAAGUGAAAGACAUCUCACAAGAGACAACUCAACAAUUGAGUGGAACUUCACAAGAUGUACUCUCAAGUUCUGCCAAAACAUUGGAACAACAAGUGAGAGAGAAACAACCUCAAGUACAAGAGACUCUCUACGAUGCUGUUCGAAACUUUAGUAAUUUCAUCUUUGAAUUGUUUCAAUCUCCUCAAUUCAGACUACUCAUGAUUGAUACGUUGAAUUAUUUGAGAGUACUAUUCAGAAGUAAUUUGAAGAGUAUUGAGAGAAGAACUGAUGAAGGAUUGAAAAAAGCCAUUCAAAGACUGGUCGAUACCUUCCAAGAGGAGGACUUGACAUCGUUGGGUGAGAAGGCGAGUGAGUAUCUGGAGAGUGACAAAGAGAAGGUCUUGAAGGAAGGUGUUCCUCAAUUACCUGGUGCCUCUGAGCAAACAAAGAAGGAAAUUCAAUCGGAUUGGUCCAAACCACUUCUUCCCUCCAUUUCUGAGAGCAGUAGUAGUAGUCGUAAAGAGGCAAACACCAAAGAAGAAGAAGCCUCACCUCAAAAGAAACAAUUAUUACAACACCAACAAGAACAUGAUCGUGAAAAAAAAUUGGCCGAUGAGUCUGCCCCUGUUGAAGAAUCACUUCAAAAAGACAUUGAGAAGAAGGAUGAAUUGGAAGAUCAACUCUUUGAUCGAUUCAACCAACUCAUACAAGAAUUCUCUCAGAAUCCAUCCUAUAAGAAAUCAGUACUGGGUUUCUUCAACAUCUUUGAUCAAUUGAAGAAUAUCCUCGUGGAGAGUGUGAGUGAGCAAAAAGAACAAGCCAAAGGUGCCAUUGAACAAGUGAAGGAUGAAUUGAGUGAACAAACCUCUCAACUCGUACGCGACAUGAGAAAUGAUCCUGAUUUCCAGGAAUUGUUGAAUUGUGGUAAACAAUUAAUUGUUCAAUGGACCGGUGGGGAUGAACAAUUAGUGAAUGGAAUGAGAAAUUCAUUGCGUGAUGUGUAUCGUGCCUUCAAGAAUGACAAGGAAUUGAAUGAACUCUUAAGUGAAAGCGAAUCUGACAUUCGACGCUAUUUGGACAAUCCUCAAUUAAUGAAAGAAGAAUCUGAAUUGAAUCAUAUCAAGUACAAUUUGAGAAGAAUUCGUGAAAAGAUUGUUGAAAAGAAGGAAUUACGUGUCAUUGAUCGAUUCAAUUCUCAACUGAAUAGAGCCAUUCAAAAGAUGCGUAAUGAUGAAUUGUUGAAUGAAUUGAAUGCUGAAUCUCGUCAAUUACUCUCUGACCUAUUCUUAGAUUCAAAGGGUGAAUUCACUUUCAAGACAGAAACCAUUCAAGAAUUGAGAACCAUGUUAGUAGCACUCUUGAAAGAGAGUGUUGAGAAAUUGACUGAUCUUGACAUUCAUUACAUUGAUUCAGAUCUUGAAUAUACUCUCUCGAAUCUUCAUAUCAAUGCAGAUGAUAUCUUACCCUCUCAUGUUGCCUUCAGUGCUCACUCUCUCACCAAUAUUGACUACAGUGAAGAGAAUUUGGCACAAUCUCUUCAAGGCACCAAAUCCAUUCUUGUGUUGCACUUGUCUGGCAUGGUGUGUCAUUUGAAAGAUGUUCAAUUCUCCUUCCAAAGAUUUUCAUUCCCUCAAAUUGGUGAUGAAGGUUUGAUGGAUAUAGAUACAGGUGAUUUGGGUCUAAUAAUUCAUUCCAAGAUUCUCAUAGAUACCACAAAACAAACCAUUGGCAAUGAAUUCUUUGUGAGUGAAUCUGUGAGUGUGGAUAUUGAUGAAUUGAAACUGACAUUCACCAAGACUGCUCACCAUCAAUUACUCUUGUCUUUACUCUCACCAUUCAUUCAGAACAAUGUGAGAAGAAAACUCAAAGAACAAAUUCAAUAUGUGUUGAAUUAUUCACAACAACAGGCCUUAAACAAAUUGAAUCGUGCUUUGGAAGAGACCAUGAAGAGUAGAGUGAGUGGUGGUGGUGGUGGUGGUGGUGGAACAUUGUUGUCAUCCAUCAUGGGUAGUAGUGGUAGCAGUACGAUCGAUCAACUGUCAGCAAAGGUGAGCAGUGCCACCUACACGGGAGGUUAUCAAGAAUUGUAA